GUUUAUAAACUAUGUGAGAUAGUUUAAUAAUUUUUUCAAGUUUAUUCGGCUUUUGUAUCGAAUACACUCUUUAUUUUUAUAAAACAAGAUAAAUAACGUGACUAAAGUGUAUUAAUAUAAGCAAAAUAAUUUUAUAAAUUGUUCAUUAAAUAUUUCAUGGACGUCAUUUUGGUAGCUAUAUCUUUUCAAAAUUAGUAGUACUUGGAAUACGUAGUGUUCAAAAUGGCUUCGCCCUCGAUUGUGCGGGUUAUUCGUCAAGCUCGACCCAUUUUAUCUUCUAAUCAUGCUGAAGCACGUAGAAGAGUCUUAGCCCUUUAUAGAGCUUGGUGUAGACAAGUACCUUUUAUAGUUAUUGAUUACGACAUACCAUACACAAAGAAGCAAUGUUUAGAAAAAGUACGCUCAGAAUUUUUAAAGAAUAAGUUUAUAACAGACGUGAGAGUAAUCGAUUUACUUAUAAUCAAGGGUCAAAUAGAGUUGACGGAGGUAAUAAAUAUUUGGAAACCUAUAGGAAAUCUUUUAAAUCACUUUAAAGAUACACAUAAUCCAAAACCAAAAGAUUUUUUGGGCAAAUUUUAUGCUGGUCAUGAAUAAUAGACCAAAUAUUUGUAAUGGUAGUAAACAUUAACUAAUGGUUAUAGCCGUUAAACCUAAAAUUCUAUAUAAUUUAUGUAAGUACAUACCGAAUUUAUUAGAUCAGAUACCAAUGUAUCUCUUCAAAAAAAAUUAAAAUAAAGAAUAUCUCGUUGCUAAUUAUAAAAAAA